GCGGGCUUGAGAUUUGAACUUUACAGGCCAGAAGAUCCUGUUUGUGUGUGUGUAGUGUGAACUGUGUAGUAUCAUUGGUUAUUCGUUAGUCCAUUCCGUUGUGGCGAUUGAUUCAAUUCCGUGGCCAACUGACCAGUCAGGGUCAGAGUCACAAGUGACAAACUACUACAUUUGGUGGUUCGGAAACUGUGGUGACCCUCGAAAUCCCAUACACGAAGGAGAUACGACCUUCUAGAUGAAAAAAUAUAUAUAUUUCAAUUCAAUUCAACAAAGGUUACCGAGAUGAAAACAAUGAACUAAAAUCUUGUAGGAUUUGUAACAACAAUUAAAAAGGGGUCAAUAUUGUUUAAAGGUAAUGCAUUUUUAAAACCAUGUCAGAUAUCAACAACUCUGUGUUGCUUAGCACCUUUCUAAAUGGGAAAAAGAAAGUGAAAAUCAUUUUUCAUAAGGGAGUAUUGGUAUGGGAUAAUGAAAAACCACCUUUAGAGCAACAUACUAUCCCUAUAGAAAAUGUUUUGUCAGUACAAAAUGAUUUUAUAAAGGAAAGGCACCCAGCAGUAGCAAGAGAAGUAAAUCCCAACCAGUUUACAAUACAUUAUACAGAAAGAGGAUCUGAUAAUAAAUGGCGAUAUAAACAUAUAACCCUGAGGCAUUUGGAUUCUUUGCAAGUAGCUUCCUGGGUGAAAACAUUACAAAAUAAUUUAGCAAAACUUAACCACAGGCCCAAACACCUUCUACUAUUCGUAAAUCCAUUUGGCGGUAAACAAAAUGCAAUGCAAAUAUAUGAAAAGUACGGGAAAGAGCUAUUUUCUGUGGCCGGUGUAGAAGUUACUGUUAACGUUUCACAAAGAAAAGAUCAAAUUAAAGAUUUUGUUCUUAACCAUAAUUUAGAUAUGUUUGAUUCGAUAGCUUGUGUGGGUGGAGAUGGUACAGUAUCAGAGCUAUUUAAUGGUUUAGUCCUGAGAGAAUGCAGAUUAAAGGGUAUUGAUCCUAAUAAUAUCCAUUUGGCAUUGCCAAAACCCAAUAAGCCCAUAGGUAUUAUUCCUGGAGGGAGCACAGAUACAAUCGCCUAUUGUCUACAUGGAACUACAGAUCCGACAACUGCGGUCCUACAAAUUAUUUUUGGCGAUACUUUAGGAUUAGAUUUGGUGUCAGUAUAUGAUGAGCAUAAUUUGUUACGACUUUAUGCGAGCGUUUUGAGUUAUGGUUAUUUGGGGGACGUCGCCUAUCAAAGUGAUCAGUAUAGGUGGAUGGGACCCAAAAGAUAUGAUUAUUCAGGUUUUAAAAAAUUGAUGCUAAACAAAGGUUACCAAGGUGAAAUAGCAAUUUAUACAGAAAAGAAGGAAGUUGAAGCAGACGACUGCAGAAGUAAUUGCCAAAUUUGUGAUACGGCCAAAGGAGAUAAUAAAAAAGUUGUUUGCAAGUGGGAGACGAUCAAAGGUAAAUUUUUUAUGGUCAGCGGAGCUAACAUCACAUGUGCGUGCAGUAGGAGUCCCCAAGGCAUUGCCCCAAACUGUCAUUUAGGUGAUGGAAAAGUCAAUUUGGUUCUAGUCAGACAUACAUCUGUUAUCAACAACUUAAGAUUAUUAUUGCGUCUAUCUAGUCAAGACGCCUCAGUUGAUAACCUGCCCUUUGUGGAAACCUUCAGCGCUCGUGAGUUUUGUUUUAGAGCUGAAAAUGGAAUAUCCAGUAAGUGGAACUGUGAUGGUGAAAUACAGCAUCAAACAAAUAUUCGUGCCAAGGUAAGAUGCCAGCUGCUCACCAUGUUCAGUAGAGGAAGUGAGAAAGUCGCGAAUUCAACAGAAAAUAAGUGCUGGUGUUUGUAAAUUAAUAUUUUUUAGACAUAUGGCUGAAAUUGUUUCCAUAAAGUAUUUUCUUAUUGUAUCUUUAAGCAGUAUUUGCGAGUAUUUGAAUAGUUAAUAAUUAAUAUAAACUUGCUCAUUCUUAAAAACAAAUUAUAGAAUCAAAAUGAUGUGAUUUAUUAGAGGUUUAUUUUAAUUGUAAUUUAAGUAACAUUUAAAUCAUUCCUCGGGUAGUAUUCUACUUACUAAUUAACACAAAUCGAAAGUUACACACUCAGCUGAGUAACGGCAAAUGCAUAACCCUAUAAGUGCAUAAUUUACUGUACCUACUAUAUUUUACCUAAGGCCACAAUUACUAUACAUACCUACAGCAAAUAUGUUGUUAGUUUGGGUCCUGGAUUCCUAAUAAUUUAUCUGCGGACCAGCAUUUUCUUUUCUAUCAUUCUCUUUUUUAUCUUGGCGAAAGAAUAUAAUUAUAAGCUUCCUGUUAAUAUAAGAAAUAUGACAACAAAAAAAUGUAGGUAACUUUACUUUGAAAAAUUAUUUGCUAGUAACAUGAUUCCCUAAGGCCCAGUUUAUUCUUCUUCAGAUAAACUUGCUGGUAACUAUCUGCAAGAUAAAUUUACCGUUUUAUUGGUCGGCGGCAACUGGCCGACCAAUGGGAUUAUAGAUUGCGUUUUUAUCCGUCAGAUUACAUACCUGGCAGUUUAUCAGAAGGUGAAUAAACCGGCCCCAAAAGAAAAAGUAGGAAAUCAUAUUUUUUCUUAUAUAAAAAACAACUGUGACACCAAUGUAAUGUUUUGUUUCUUUUGGACUACUUUCGGACAUUUUUGGUGUCGUUUUAGUUUUAAUGUUAGUAGUAAGACAUCUGAUGUAGGGACAACAUUUUACAGAGUAUUUGAUUAUAUUUAAACCCAUACCUACAGCCUUUAGGAAGAAAAGAUCUUUAAUUUUAUCGCAUAAUAUACAGGGUGUUCCAUUAAAAAAAGUCGAAGUUGUCUACGUUUCUCCAUUUUCCAAUGCGAUUUUGUUUUUUCUGAAAAACGUUAGAAGAAAAUAUAAAAAAAAACUUUCGAGUUUUGUAUUCAAAUUUUUUUUCUAUCUCAAAUAGUAAAGGCUGUAGGUAUGGGCUUGAAUAUAAUCAACUACCCUGUACAGCUUUAGGCCUUCAGUAAAAAUAUUAAUUUAUUCAAUACAGUACUUACGUUUGUGUGUAAAAUUUAAAGAUUUACAGCAGUGGUCCUAGGUAAAACAAAAUAUGUUUUUCAAACUAAGUCAAUAAUUUUUAGAAAGAAUGUAGUAUAUAAGCAUUCACUAGGGUAUUAUGUAUAUUUUGAAUGUAUUUUUAUAUUUUGAUCUUUAUAAUGUGGAGAUAGGUAUAUUUGUUGUGGGUUUUUUUUUUUUUGAUAAUAUACUGAUGCUUUUAUUUUUUCA